GGAUCCUCGAUCGACGCGGCGGUGAGCCGCAAAUGCGGCGCCAAAAUCCAGGCGCUGGAGCGCUGCAAUGCGCGGUAUCGAUCGGAGCCGGAGCGCAGCCUGGUGUGCGGCCAUCUCAACAAGCUCGCGGCGAUGUGCCUGGUGGAGAUCGUUUGCCCCGAGCAGGUUGAGGCCGUCAAGAUCUACUGCACGGGCGCUGGAACAGCGCGGGUGAGGAACUCGUGCCGGAUCGCCAAGGAAAAUCUCACCAUUUGCUUGGAUUAUCGGCAAGACGACACUAGCAGCGGCAACGGGAUCAAUUAAUUCCUUUUCCAGGCAGAGAAUAUCUUCUUCGUCCUUCCACUUUAACCGUGGCACUGGCUCUGCCUAGGGUUUCCAUUCUUUCUCUCGAUCUCUCUCUCUCGGCCACUGCAGCUUGCUGCGAGUCACCAAGAUAGCAAUGGAUUAUGCGCUUCUUGGAUCGGCAUUCUAGGAUUUCUCUAAGGAGGCUUGGCGGCUGGGGAUUUCGAUCUCGCAUCGGCCAAGUACCAGCAGCGAGCAGGAGCUUCGUGGUGACAAUGUCGGACAGGUUCUUCUUGAAUAAUCUCGCGGAUUACUCCGAGAAGGAGGAGGCAAAUGUCCAAGAAAUCCUCGAGAGCGGCAAGGAGAUUCCAAGGACUGCCGAAGGCUACAGCGUCAAUCUCGCCGCGCCGUUCCGGCAUCCACAUCUAGCUUCGCCGGAGAAGCUUCUCAAAUCCGCCCUGGCCUUGAAGGACGAGAUCGUCCAAGUAACUUGGGGACGUGGUGGCACACGAGUGAAAGAUCCAAUUUUCUACACUGGCGUCUUGGGGACUGCAUACUUGUGCCUGAAAUCCUUCGAGGUGACCCAGAAGAAAGAAGAUCUCGCGCUGUGCUCGGAGAUCAUCGAUCACUGUGCUGCGGCAGCGCAGUCUAUGAAACAGUACGUCACAUUCAUUUGUGGCCAGCCAGGGAUUUAUGCUCUUGGAAUGGUGGCUGCCAAGAGCAGAGGUGACCAACAAAGAGUCGACUUUUAUCUUAACUUGUUUGAAGAGGUUGCUAAACAAAAGGCCCUCUCUGCGGGUCCUUCAGAUGGAGGUCUUGGCAUGCCAUAUGAACUUCUAUAUGGGAGGGCAGGAUUUCUGUGGGCGUCUUUAUUCGUAAACAUGCACAUUGGGAAUGAAACCAUUCCUUGGACAACUACGGGGCCUAUUGUUGAUGCUAUUUUAGCUGCUGGCCGAGCAGGGGCAUCUCAAAGCUCUUGUCCUCUCAUGUAUCAAUGGCAUGGUACAAGAUAUUGGGGCGCUGCUCACGGUCUGGCAGGGAUAAUGUACGUCCUGAUGCAUUUCGCUUUGUCAGCAAGGGAUGCUGCAGAUGUGAAAGAAACGCUGCUCUACAUGAUAGCCAACAGGUUUCAGUCUGGAAACUAUCCAUCCAGUGACGGCAAUCAACGGGACAAGCUGAUCCACUGGUGUCAUGGUGCACCUGGAAUCUGCCUCACGCUGUGCAAAGCUGCCAAGGUGUUUCCUGAGCCUGUAUUUCGGGAAGCCGCUGUUGCUGCUGGAGAGCUCAUCUGGAAGAAGGGCCUUUUACGACGAGUUGGACUCUGCCAUGGGGUCAGUGGCAACACAUAUCCAUUUCUGGCUCUUUACCGGCUUACUGGGGAUAGGAAGCAUCUUUUCCGUGCUCGGUCAUUCGCCACCUUCUUGUGCAACCAAGGCAGAGAGCUUAUUGACUCGGGGGACAUGCACGGUGGGGAUCACCCAUACUCCUUGUUUGAAGGACUUGCGGGAACGGCCUUUCUUUGGCUCGACUUGCAGCGUCCUGAGGAAGCGAGAUUUCCUGGUUACGAGCUGUAGUGGAAGGAACAGGUUGUAUGUAACAUAGUAGGCAGCAGUUUGUUUAUUUAUGUCAACGAUAACGUGGUGGUGA